CCCAGUUUAGCAGUUUGCUUGAAUGACCCAGCGGCGCCACAAAGAGGCAGGGGUAGGGCUGUAGACUAGUCUGUCAUCACACCGCGGUACCGGAGUCCGGGGAAAGAAACGCGAAUAGGAGCAAAGACAGUGAGUGUGUAUAGAGAGAAUGGGGAAGGGAGAAACUGAGCGCAUAGGCCUACAGCAUCAGCAGCAUCUGAAAAAGCAGAGGCAAACGCACGGUGUGUCAUAUUCCUGCGUAUAACAGAGGAGGAUGGAGACUUUCCCGUUGCGCCAGAGAUCUGGACUGAUAAAAUUAUAUGUUUGUGGAUAGCCUACCAAUAGGAAAAGGUGUUUUCUGGAGGUUUGAGGACAGCGAAGGUCCAUCACCUUCAACUGCCCCGUCAAUCUAAUUUCAAGGAGCCACAUCAUAAGAAACUACCUAGAGAACUGGCAUUUUGGAGGAUAUGGUCGGUUUUAUUGUUAAAUUCAUGUAGCAAAACAAACAAAAAAAGGUUUUAUCAUUUGUAUGUUUACCAGUAUGAUGAACUCUUUUUUUGAUUCUUCGCCUGCUGCUAUGAUUGAUACAAUUCCUGUCAGCGGUAUGUCCACUGCUGGGACGGGCGCUGUAACCAGUGCGCUUCGAAAUGAUUUGGGGUCCAAUAUUCAUGUCCUGAAGACUCUGAACCUGCGGUUUCGCUGUUUUCUUGCCAAAGUUCAUGAAUUAGAGCGGAGAAACAAAUUAUUAGAGAACCAACUGCAGCAAGCCUUGGAUCAACAACGAUACCAAGUAUACACUCGUGAAGUGGCUGUCCAAACCGACUCUACCGAAUCCCGACUACCUGGUACCAUUUGGAGUUUCACGCACGUGAGAAGACACGGAGAGCGCUAUGAGACUCUCCAGGGCCCUGGUGUAUCCUGGAAUCAUCCGGACGGUGUUGGGGUCCAAAUCGAUACCAUCACCCCAGAAAUCCGAGCUCUGUAUAAUGUGUUGGCUAAAGUCAAACGAGAGAGAGAUGAAUACAAGAGAAAAUGGGAAGAGGAGCUGAACAGACGAGAGCAGCUCGAGUCCUUGGUGGAAUCCAUGCAGGAGAGUGCCCAGGAGUCAGAGAAGAUCCAGGAUGAACUGAAUGAGAAGGUGGAGAGGCUGAAGGCUGAGCUGGUGGUCUUUAAGAGCCUCAUGAGCGAUAAAAUGUCCGACAUGGACACUAAGAUCCAGGAGAAAGCCACGCUGGUGGACAUGGACAUCUGCCGGCGCAUUGACAUCACCACCAAACUGUGUGACGUGGCUCAGCAGUGCAACUCAGAGGACAUGUCAAAGAUGUUCAACGUGAGCCCGGCCAGGUCGCUCCCAGAGAGGGGUGCCAUGGCAUGCUGCAGGAAGAAGGAGUGCAAGCCUGUGUCUGACGAGGACAGCUCUGAGAUGGAUGCAGACCCCAGCACAAGUACCUCAGAGGAGGAGGUCCCGCUCAACGUUACUGACGAAAUGAAACGCAUGCUCAACCAGCUAAAUUGUUCAGAUGAUAAUUUUGUUGCCAGGAGGGAGACGUUUGACAUUGAUGAUGACUGUGACAGCCUGACGUGGGAAGAGAAUGACGAGACCCUGUUGCUAUGGGAGGACUUCAACAACUACAACAUACAACCCGGUGCCAUCACCGCGGCAAACUGCACAGUCACCAGCGCAGCCAACAGCAACACAGAGGAGCCUGUCUCUCAGGAUGGAAGCCUGGGCAGCCUCAUAGAUGAGACAGAAUCACUAUUCAAGACCAGAGAGCAGGAGUACCAGGAGAGCAUUGGCGCAAUUGAGAUGGAGCUAGCCACAGCGAAGAGUGACAUGAACAGACACCUGCAUGAGUACAUGGAUAUGUGUAGCAUGAAGCGUGGUCUGGACGUGCAGAUGGAGACGUGCAGGAGGAUGAUUAAAGGGGGCAGGAACUCUCCCUCUGUCAGUUCGGUGGCUAGCAGCGACUCAGGGAACACUGACGAGAUCCAGGACAAACUACUAGACAAGGAUGGAGAGGCUGAGGUGCCAAUCAGUUGAUAGCCUGGCUCCACCCCCUUCCUCCCCUGUUCACUGACAGCUGCUCACAGAGCUCCACUCUGCUUGGGGGCUGACCCCAGUGUUCUGCCCUGCUUGGCAUCUUUAGCCAAGGGGUACUGGUGGUCCUGAUGGUCCCAAUUGUCCUAUGGAUCUAGCCCACUGCCCCAGGCCCGGAACUGGUGCUUAUUGUCUCUGUUCUCACAGGAAUGAAGGGGGACGGGGUUCAUUUGCUUCACAAGUGUUUUAAGGCAGAGGUGGUACAUACAAUAUAGUGUCUGAGCUGUGCUCUCUUCCACAGUGCUGCACAGGAACAUCCAGCAAAACAAUCAACAUGAUCAAACAUGUCAUUCUGGCUCACUCUUAGCAUAGUCUAAGCAGUUCCACUGUCACCACUGUCAUUCUAUUGGCCUGAGGCUGAACAGUCCAUUUGGUGAACAGGGAACAACAUGCACAACAUUAUUCACCAGUGAGAAUAUCUAUCCUUUUGAGUUUUUUUAUAAUCACACAAAACAUCACAGAUCAAGAGCAGUCACACUAUUUUGUACUUGCACGUUCCCCAUAGAUGCAGAUUGAUCAUUCACAUAUACUGUACAUGCAAAUGUUCAAAUGGGGAUUGAAAUGUUCUCACCAAAGAGUCAAAGCUAAAAAAUCAGUUGACUGGACUCUCCACAGUUACCAGUGUUGACUGGGGAACGGAGCACAGCCCUUUGCUGCUAUAAUGCAUUGUUCAUAUUCUAUGCAAUUUAGCUAGCCUUAUUUCAGGAUAACCUUUGACCUUCAUUACCCCUCUUUUCCCUCAUGAUUUGCCUUUUUAACCUGGGAAAGUGUUUUCUAUCUGUUAUUCAGAGUGCUCCUGUGUGUUCUCCAAAGUAGAAGAGCAAUGGGAGGUGCAGAAUUAUCGCAUAAAAGGAAAACUCCCUAGUGUCCUUUGUCAAAGGCAUACCUUCUCCCCCUAUCCAUGUUAAUUUAGAGGCUGUAAACAUUUGAAAGGUUAUCCAAAACAAUAUGGAACAAGGUGCCAGCAAACAUGCUGUCUUUGAUUUGUAUUGUCUUAUGCUUAUUACUAUCAUAGUAAGAUUUAAUAAUUUCCCCUUAAAUGUAUCUAAUUGGUAGAACUAAGUUAUUGAUGAUUCCUUGGGCUACUCUUUGGUAAGUCCAAAGCAGUGGAAGCUGCUGAGGGGAGGAUGGCUCGUGAUAAUGGCUGGAACGGAGUGAAUGGAAUGGCAUCAAUGGAAAUCAUGUGUUUGAUGUAUUUGAUACUAAUCCACCUAUUCAGCUCCAGCCAUUACCACGAGCCCGUUCUCUCCAAUUGAGGUGCCACCAACUUCUUGUGGUCCAAAGAGCUUUUGAAAGUUAUUGGUCACCUGUUUGUUCUCUCAGAGAUAGGGUACUGAAAUGAUAUAUUACAUAAAACGAUCACGUAAACAGGCAAUACUAUGAACAUUGGUUAAUGAUACAUUCCCUAGAUUAUACACUGAAAAAUUUGAUAUUUAGGAUUUUAUUUUGCCAAUCUUGGAUACUAAACUCAGAUGGCCUUUCAUAACAACUCCCACCUGUCUGUCCAGCAGGGUGCACUGUUCCUAUCAUAUUCCGUUGUCUAAUUGUCAUGAGCCCUGGAUUGGGUUUAUAAUUGUUUGUACGUAGAUAAGAGGGCUGUUGGCAUGUGAUCGUAUACCCCAGAUGCCUUUCUGUUCAUAUUGCCCUAUGUAUAAUUCAUUUUUUGUAUUACAUCCUGUCUAAUGAUUUGAAUUAAAUGAAUCAAUUAACAAAAUUGAUCAAUGCAUGUGGAUUGGGGGAGGUUUUCUGGAAGUUAUUUUUCAAUUGGUUUAUGGAGUGUUGUUAGUUUGCAGAAUCAAGGACAAAAGUGCUAUUUGUAUGAUGAGGGUUUUAAGAUGGAAAAAUAAUGACAUUUGGCAUUGCAUUGUUUUAUGAAGGAAGAAGGGCUAUUGCAUUUGGUUGUUUCUUUGAAUUAUUUUACAUUGAACUAGAGGCACAUAGUUGUAGUAUUGCAAUUCCCUAUCAUUUCUUAAAUCAAAAUAUGCAUUAUGUUCCUGUAAUUUUACAUGGGCCCAUGAAUUUGCGUUGUACAGAUUGAAUUGUGAGUGUUGAGGCAUAAAUGAAAUAUUAUCUUCUUGUUGAACAAUCGUGGAUGGUAAAAAUGGUAUGGAAACUUAACUAUUUCAUAAUUUCAUCUGACACAAAGAUUCUGGCCCAACCAGUCUAUUGUAUAUUAUUUCCUAAACCAUAGUAAAGUGUCAAAACUCAUACACACUAUAAAGACAAAUAACAUUUAGGGAGAAGCCUUAUUCCCAGCUAACUAUAAAAAUCAUUUGUGUUAGAUUUAAAAUCAGCCUGACGAGUGCAGCAGUAAGCCAUGCUUUUUUUCCAUCCUUUGUUGCACCAUACAGUAUAGGCUGGGAAACACCUUGUAUGUUGUACAGUAGACCUAUGUGCCUUUAGUUCUCAUGUCUCAUGGUGACUGUAAUAUUGUUGCAUAUUUUCAAUUGAACAGAUUGUCGACACCUUCUUUGCUGAAUGUAUGGUCAAUAUUUAGGAGCAGUCUUCUGACUAGACCUACAGUCCCAACCUUACAAUCAGAACUGGUGCAUAUCUCAGGAUAUGGGUCAGAACACAGAAACCUGAUCUGUACAUGGCACAUUGUUCUUUAUUGUCUAAACAAACACAAAUUGUACAUGUAUAGUUGAACUACUACAUUAUGUACCCUUGCAGGACGUAAGUUUGGCUUAUUGAGCCUAUAUGGGAAUUUGAAAUUGUUGGGUUUAAUUGUUUCAUAGGUAUUUUAUAUGGUUGGUUUUAUCGAUGUAGUGCUAGGGUCUAAAGUGUUACAUUAGCCAUUACUGAAAUGUACACUGUAUGACCCAAAGUAUGUGGACACCUGCUCGUCGAUCAUCUCAUUCCAAAAUCAUGGGCAUUAAUAUGGAGUUGGUCCCCCAUUUGCUGCUAUAACAGCCUCCACUCUUCAUGGAAAGCUUUCCACUAGAUGUUGGAACAUUGCUGCGGGGACUUGCUUCCCUUCAGUCACAAGAUAAUUAGUAAGGUUGGGCAUCGAUGUUGGGUGAUUAGGCCUGACUCACAGUCAGUGUUCCAAUUCAUCCCAAAGGUGAUCGAUGUGGUUGAGGUCAGGGCUAUGUGCAGGUCAGUCAA